AUGGCUAACUUUGAUUCUACAGACAAAUCAGCUAACUUGUCUCGUGGGGAACUUUCGAGCUGUUCUUAUUUGUCUGAAACAUAUGAUUUGUUGGAAGCCCCGAUGCAAUCUCUUGAUAAAAAGCAGCAAACUCGCCUUUGGCAGCAAAAUCAGUAUCUGACGGAUUCGGGUAUCCAGUCAGCACUAACGACACACACCCCAAGUAUUAAUAGCAAAGGAAAUGUGGAUGAAGUCGAGCCCGAUGAGAGCAUUCUUAGUCAAACUUCAGGACAAUUUGUUCCCGUGUGGUCAUCCAGUGGACCAAUGUCAGUCUACCCAUCAGAAUCUUGCUUACUUUCUCCUGGUACACCUAGCGCUGGCAGCAUUAUUGGUAUGGAUCCAAGUGGUGAGGUUGCGAGCAUGACAUGCUCGAGAUCCGAAGCGCCGAUUGAUCCAAGGGGAAAUAAGAUCUCUGAUCUAGACACUGAUGAGGCCGAAAAUGCUAUCCCGGAGCUAGUCAGACUUAUCAAAGAUGAGGAUGAUAAAUUCGUAAUUUAUCAAGCAUCGACGAUGGUGUUUCAUCUCAGCAAAUCUGAGGCGAUAGAUGCCCUAAUUCAGUCCAAGGAAAUGAUUUCAUGCAUUCUUUCGGCACUUGAUCCUACAGGUGAUCCCGAGACCGUUCGACUUUUAGCUGGCACUCUUUAUAACAUGUCUCAGACGCAAACUGGUCUUAAAGAAAUUUUUCUCGCCAACUGUGUCCCGUGCCUCGUUGGACUCCUUAACUCUCCUGUUGAGUCUGUUCUAUUUUACGCUAUUACGACUCUUCACAAUUUAUUACUUCAUCAGGAAGGUGCAAAGGCGGUCGUACGUCAAAGUGGAUGUCUGCAAAAGUUGACGUCCUUGUUGCAAAAGAAUAAUAUCAAAUUUCUCACAAUAUGCACAGACUGUCUUCAAAUAUUGGCCUACAGUCAUCAAGAAAGCAAACUCCAAAUCCUUGCUGGAGGUGGCCCCACUGAACUUAUUCGUAUACUUAACACAUAUCAAUAUGAAAAGUUACUUUGGACUACUGCUCGUGUGCUUAAGGUCCUCAGUGUUUGCACUUCAAACAAGCCAGUGAUAAUCGAAGCUGGUGGCAUGGAAGCUCUAGCCAAGCAUUUGCAAAAUCCGAGCUCUCGUCUCGUUCUUAACUGUUUGUGGACAUUACGUAACCUUUCUGAUGCUGCAACUAAACUAAAUGACCUCCAACCUAUACUGCAGACCGUGGUUCAGCUGCUUGGAAGUAACGAUUUAAAUAUUGUUACUUGUGCCGCGGGCAUUCUUUCGAACCUCACGUGCAACAACAGUGCCAACAAAUUGAUUGUCUAUCGGAGGGGUGGACUGCGUGGUUUGUUACAUGCAUUAAGUCACUGUCACACCAAGGAAGAGAUUUUGGAACCCUGUAUGUGUGCAUUACGUCAUCUCACAAGUCGCCAUGACGAGGAGGAAAAAGCAAGGAGCGAGUUUGUUGCUCAGCUUAAUGGCCACAUUCCAGUUUCGCACAUACUGCAUGCCGCGACGGCAGGUGUCUGCCCUGAAUUGGGCCUAGUAUGCCAGCAGCCCCAAAAUCCACUAACUUCGUGGACUCUUGUAAAGGCCGUUGUUGGGCUACUCCGCAACCUUUCAAUGAAUGUUGAUAAUCAUCGUCCAAUGCUUGAAUCAGGAAUUGUCGCUGGUCUCUCUAUUCUUUUGUAUGCUACACAAUACGAGAUUUCGAAGAAGCCCCAGGCCAAUCAGGGUCCAGACUGGAACAUCUAUCAGCAAUUCCAAACGUUCUACCAGUUUCCUCUCCUUAAAUAUCUAACAUGCCUAGGUCGGCUCUACAUUCUCUAA